AUAAAAGGAAAGUUGCAGGAGCUGGGGGCUUAUGUUGAUGAAGAGCUCCCUGAUUAUAUUAUGGUUAUGGUGGCCAAUAAGAAGAGUCAGGAGCAGAUGACAGAAGACCUUUCUCUUUUCCUUGGAAACAAUACCGUUAGGUUUACUGUCUGGCUCCAUGGUGUUUUGGAUAAGCUGCGAUCUGUCACUACUGAACCAACUAGUGUAAAAACUUCAGAGUCUAAUAUCUUUGAGAGCAGCCUUCCUUCCAGCAAAAGCAGCUCAUGUGUGAGUGAUGAGAGGAGGCGUGAGGAUACCUUGCCACCUCUUGCGGUUUCCAGCACUCGGACUGAAAGAAAUGACUCAAGAGUUUCCACCAGCUCGCAGGAGCAGAGGAGCACUGCUUCACGGCAGUCUUGUGAAGAUGGUUCUGCAUCGCGGCUGACAUCCACAGUCAAGCCUUUGAGGGAAUUGUCACCUUCUGAAGCUGUAAUCGACAUUAAACCUGAACCAGAUGAUCUGAUCGAUGAAGACUUAAACUUUGUGCAGGAGAACCCUUUGUCACGGAAGAAAGCUGUUGUAACUGUAACUUAUGGUUCUUCCCGGCCUUCCGCCGAAAUCUACCGGCCGCCGGCCAGCAGGAGUGCAGAUGGCAGCACACAUGCGCACAGAUUGUCACAGCAGGGCAGCGCGCAGGGGAGCCGGCAGUUAGACACCCAGAGCUGCAGGCCUUUGGAAACAGGCCAGCUGUGCAAUCCAGAAGCGUUUGGCAGCUUAGCAGAGAGUUACAGACCCACCUCCAAACUUAGUGCUGAUAAAGUAGGCAGUGAGGAAGAAAGCUCCAGGAAGAGGCGGUUGCCUGUUGUAAGCUCAGUAGUCAAAGUGAAGAAGUUCUGUAAUGAUGGGGAAGACGAGGAGGAGGAGGAAGACUAUGGGUCACGAACAGGAAGCAUCUCCAGCAGCGUGUCUGUACCCGCAAAGCCGGAAAGAAGGCCUUCAUUGCCACCUUCAAAACAGGCCAAUAAGAAUUUAAUAUUGAAAGCAAUCUCUGAAGCACAGGAAUCGGUUACAAAAACAACCAAUUAUUCCGCUGUUCCACAGAAACAGACUGUGCCAGUUGCACCAAGAACUCGAAUUAGCCCAGAAGGAUCUCAGUUAGAAGUCAUCCACGUGCAAAACAGACUGCCCGCUCCGAGUUCGCAGCUUCAAGUAGAGGAGCCAAAGGAGCAGACAGUUGAAGGAAUUCAAGGAGCUGAACAAAAGGAACUCUCUUCUCGGCUCCAGAUUGAUCCUGUGAUUGAAGAUAACCUGCAAGUGACUCAAGAUUACUACGAUGCAGAAUCUUUGGUCCAUACGGAUACUAGGUCCUUUAUCCUGAAGAAGCCCAAGUUGUCUGAGGAAAUAAUGCUGCAGAAUCACCAACUGGGGAAGAGGGCCACCGAGGCAAUACGAGUGCUCUCAGGACGCCUCAUACAGGCACGAGACCAGCUUGCACAGCCAGAGAAACCUGCGAGUCCCAAGUUCAUCGUGACGCUGGACGGCGUGCCCAGCCCGCCAGGAUACCUGUCUGAUCAAGAGGAGGAAGACAUGUGUGUAACUGAAGGACUGAAGCCAGUUACCCAAAAUAUGUGCGCCAGCAAAGGAUUAAAAGGCCUUCGAGCACAGCAGAUGCAAAUUGUAACCAGGCAGCUGGAGAGCUGUGAUGUGGAUUUGGAGCAGUUAAACGUGCUGCAAAAACAGGAGAAGGUGCUUGAGCGCUGCAAGUACUGGCCUGCCUGUAAAAACGGAGAUGAAUGUGUGUACCAUCACCCCACACUGCCUUGCAAAGUUUUUCCUAACUGCAAAUUCGCUGAUAAAUGCCUGUUCAUCCAUCCGAACUGUAAAUACGAUGCGAAGUGCACGAAGCCGGACUGUCCCUACACUCACGCCAGUCGGCGAAUCCCCCAUCCACCUCCUAAGCCAGCACCACUGCCCACGCCAUCUAUACCCUCCAGUAGUCCACUGUGCAAGUUUUUUCCUGCUUGUAAGAAAAUGGAAUGUCCAUUUUACCACCCAAAACAUUGCAGAUUUAAUACCCAGUGUACACGACCCGACUGCACCUUCUACCAUCCAACGAUUGCCGUACCUCCGCGCCACGCCUUGAAAUGGACUCGGACUCAAACCAGGUGAGGUGAUACUUUGUGUGUGAUGAACAGUGAAGGUUGUAUCAAGAAAUAGACCCCUUAUAGGCACUCUUUUAAAGAGAACUCUGGCCUGCUUGUUUUCAGUAGCAUAAACAUUAACUAA